CGGUUCCCGUUUACUGGUGGAAGAGCGCAAAGCGCCUCGCAGCCUCCGGCCCGCAGCGGCAGGGCUCUGGGCGGCGCUCAGUCACAUGACCCGCUCUAGAAGGCUUUUGCUUCCUGGGUGGAAGGGCUCGACUCACGGAACUCUGAAGGUCCUGUGACUCCUAAUCCUAAUGCAAUGGAGUCGGAAGAAAAAGAGAUGCAUCUCCCGCAAAAUAGCCCUCCGGACAGACCCUCCUCUACAGAUUCGCGCGCUGUGCCCCCCGAAUCGAGCGUCCUGGAGGAUCUGACGCUCGUGGACAACGCGACCAUCCAGAAACUUGCGGAUGGCUUGAUUUCCCAUUAUCUACCCGACCUACAGCAUUCAAAGCAAACACUCCAGGAGUUAACACAAAAUCAAGUGAUACUGCUUGAAACCGUGGAACAAGAAAUCGCGAAAUUCAAAGAUUGCAAUACACUGCUUGACAUAAAUUCGCUGUUUACAGAGGCCAAGAUAUAUCAUAAUAAAUUGGUCAACAUACGAAAGGAAAUGUUGGUGCUUCAUGAAAGAACGACAAAGUUGAAGAAGAGGGCACUGAAGCUCCAACAGCAGAAACAGAGAGAAGCCCUGGAGAAGGAGCAGCAGCACGAGAAGGAGCUGGAAAGAGAGCGGCAGCUAACCGCCAAACCAGCCAAACGAACUUAAAUCACCCCGCGGUGACAAAAGCGUCUUUCCCUUUGUCCCUCAAAGAUUUCCUCAGAAGUGAAGCUCCCAAGCCUCCCAAAAAGGAUGAUUCAAGAUAAAACUAAUUUGGGGGGAAUGAUGCUACUGGUGCUUUAGUAUCUAUGACGACCUGCAAGCAAGCUUUUAAAAUAGAAGCCUGACAGACCAAAUUUAAUUUGCCUGCCAACAAGUAAGUUUAAUGGAAACUGAGAAUUACUUUGACCAGUAGCUGUCUUGGGGAAUGUGCCGGUACUUCUCUCGGACUGUCAUGGUGUGCCAGUGGGUUAGAAUGCUACGCCCCUGAUUGGGAAGUUGCCCGUUGAAAUCCCAUGAAUGGCAGUGAUGCCACCACGGGGCCCCUGGGCAAGGCCCUUAACCCUGUAUGUUCUGGGCACCGGCUGACCCUGCAUUCUCGGUUGUAUGUUGCAUCGUUUAAAAGCAUAUGCUAAAUAAGUACAUUAAAAUGUAAUUAACCCUGCGCUGGGUCUCUAACACCAUAUUUCCUGCUUGUGGUCCUUGGUUAGACUGCCACAGUGCAUGUUCCUUUACCUUCCCUGACAAAUGUGUGUGUUUGUGUGCAUAUAACCUAUGUAUAUCAUAUGAGGAAAUAUGAUUUUGCUUUUUGUUGAUCAUGAUAAACACUUUUGGAAAUUGUC